AUAGACGAAAGCCGCUGUUUCCAAUUCACCAUCGCUAACAGCCAUUUCAUUUUGGUCAUUAUUUAUACAAUGACUGAGGCUGGAUUCCGAACGACUUGACAUGUCUGUGAAAGACCUGGGAUUUGGGAUUUAUCACCGCAAACAAGGAAUCUUUUUUUUCAAUUCCAUCAAAGACCAAACCAGACGGGUGCAUUUUUAAAUAUAUAGGGCGCCUAUAUGCACAGCGCACAUAUUUUCAAAUAGGAUAACUGCACUCUGAACGGAGUCCGCAUAUAGGCCUACAGUUGGAUAUGGAAGAGGAUGGGUUAUCACUGAAAAUAUAAAGUCACUGGAGACUAGAAUGGUGGAAAAAAGGCGUCUCUUUUUUUGAUGGAGAAUCCAACAAGCACAGCAAGACCCACAAUAAAAGCGUAUUGUUCUGUAAUAUGACCACCGUUAGUUUCAGAAUUGAGAUGCGUUUACCAGUGAUAGGAUCCAGUUGAUGACAUUCACCGAGAAAUAAGUAUUUGAAAACAGCAAAAAUUGUCAGAAUUGGAAUUUACCCAUUUGUUCUAUUCUGUCAGUGUGAUGGGAAUUUAUUGCUGAACAUUGGGAGAGCUUUAUGGAAAACCCGAAGACAUGACAUGCACACGAAAAAAGAGGAAACGAUCCUUUUUGUUCUUUAAAACCUGUGUUUAUUUAAGAAGUCUGCAACAGGCUUAAUUGACGGGGGGAGCCUUGCAAAAGCAAAAUUAUAUGUGCAUUAAGAUCUGGACGAUUCUACUGAGCUCCCCAUACGGCCUAGAAUAAAAUCCUAAGCCUUUGUCUCGAGGACAAGCAUCAUAAAUAAGCAGCUGAAGCUGUGAGAAGAAGAGGCACUGAGGGGUAGAGCUACAGGAAACGAGGGGCUCAGUGCAAAAUGUGAGAUCAAAAGGAGAGGCAACCACGAGGACGAACGAAAGGGCAGCUGGAGGAGGAGGCGGAGGAGGAGAGGGAGAAGGAGGAGUGGAUUUCAGAAGAAAAGAGGGCGUGACCCGGGAGACAAAGGGAUGGCCAAUGGCAACGAAAGCAGCGAGGGGCUCGGCGGUCCCCUGGCGGCGGUGGUGGCCACGACGGGAGGGAUGGCAGUCGGGGGCCCGUCGUCAGCCGUGUCUACCUACAUCAAACUGGUCCUACUGGGGCUGAUCAUCUGCAUCAGCCUGGUGGGUAACCUGGUGGUGUCACUGUUGGUCCUCAGGGACCGGGCCCUGCACAAGGCCCCCUACUACUUCCUGCUGGACCUGUGCCUGGCCGACACCAUCCGCUCGGCCGUCUGCUUCCCCUUCGUGCUGGUGUCCAUCAAGAACGGCUCGACCUGGACCUACAGCGUGCUCAGCUGCAAGGUGGUGGCCUUCAUGGCCGUGCUCUUCUGCUUCCAUGCCGCCUUCAUGCUCUUUUGCAUCAGCGUGACGCGCUACAUGGCCAUCGCCCACCACCGCUUCUACUCCAAGCGUAUGACCUUCUGGACGUGCGUGGCGGUGGUGUGCAUGGUGUGGACACUGUCGGUGGCCAUGGCCUUCCCACCCGUCUUUGAUGUGGGCACCUACAAGUUCAUCCGCGAGGAGGACCAGUGCAUCUUCGAGCACCGCUACUUCAAGGCAAACGACACACUGGGCUUUAUGCUGAUGCUGGCUGUGCUGAUCCUGGCCACGCACGUGGUCUACAUGAAACUGCUGCUCUUUGAGUACAAGCACCGCAAGAUGAAGCCCGUCCAGAUGGUGCCAGCCAUUAGCCAAAACUGGACCUUCCACGGGCCUGGCGCCACCGGCCAGGCGGCAGCCAACUGGAUCGCAGGCUUUGGUCGGGGCCCCAUGCCGCCCACCCUGCUGGGCAUCCGGCAGAACUUGCACAACCAGAACCGGCGCCUGCUGGGCAUGGAGGAGUUCAAGGCGGAGAAGCAGCUCGGCAGGAUGUUCUACGUGAUCACCCUGUUGUUCCUGGUGCUGUGGUCGCCCUACAUAGUGGCCUGCUACUGGCGGGUGUUUGUGAAGGCCUGCACCAUACCGCACCGGUACCUCUCCACCACUGUAUGGAUGAGCUUCGCCCAGGCAGGGGUAAACCCCAUUGUCUGCUUCUUCCUCAACAAGGACCUGAAGAAGGGGCUCCUGUCCCACCUGCCAGCCAGCUGUAGGACUAAACCUCAUCUGCCCCGAGAGCCUUACCGCGUCAUGUGAUGGGGGACGGUGGGCGGUCGUUAC